CUGGACAGACUGCUCAUGACUCAUGAGGAGGCCGAAGCAAAGAAGGAAGGAAGACAUCACUCACAUUCUCCAACCAAGCUGGAGAUUCUCCAAGUUCCACAACCACCUCCCUUCUUCGACUUUUGACAUUGUCGCUGUCUAGUAGCAAAGGACAUUCCCCAUCUCAGGCGCCAGCUGCUCGCAACAGCGUUCAGUACAAUUCAUUCAAAAUGGCGACUCUUUCUGGCUCAGCUUAUGCUGGAAAGUAUGCAGAGGAGUUGGUGAAGAAUGCCAAGGCCAUUGCCACUCCUGGUAAGGGUAUCCUUGCUGCCGAUGAGAGCACGGGCACCAUUGGCAAGCGCCUCGCCAGCAUCAAGUGCGAGAACACCGAGAACAACCGCCGCAUCCUCCGCGAGCUCCUUUUCACCGCUCCUGGGGCCCUGCAAUACCUGAGCGGGGUCAUCCUCUUCGAGGAGACACUCUUCCAGAAGUCCGCUGCCGGAAAGCCUUUUGUGGACAUCCUGAAUGAGGCGGGCGUCCUUCCUGGGAUCAAGGUUGACAAAGGUGUUGUGCCUCUGGCUGGGACCGAUGGGGAGACCACCACUCAGGGCCACGACGGGCUCGGUGAGAGGUGCGCCAAGUACUACCAGGCCGGGGCUCGCUUCGCCAAGUGGCGCGCGGUGCUGAAGAUUGAUGCCACCAGCCCCUCUGAGCUGUCCAUCCAGCAGAAUGCGCAGGGGCUCGCCCGCUAUGCCAUCAUCUGCCAAGAAAAUGGCCUGGUGCCAAUUGUGGAGCCUGAGAUCCUGACGGACGGCGCGCACGAUAUUGAGAAGUGCGCUGAGGUGACGGAGCGCGUCCUGGCGGCCUGCUACAAGGCUCUGAACGACCAGCAUGUGCUGCUGGAGGGCACUCUGCUGAAGCCUAACAUGGUCACCCCUGGAUCGGACAGCGCGAACAAGGUGGAUCAUGAGAAGAUUGCUUUCUUCACCGUCCAGGCCCUCCAGAGGACCGUCCCGGCAGCAGUUCCAGGUGUUGUCUUCCUGUCUGGUGGACAGAGCGAGGAGGACGCCACCCUCAACUUGAACGCCAUGAACAAGCUGCAGACCAAGAAGCCCUGGACCCUCACCUUCUCCUACGGCCGUGCUCUCCAGCAAAGCACCCUCAAGGCCUGGGCUGGAAAGGACGAGAACAUUGAGGAGGCACAGAAGGUGUUCCUCGGCCGGGCCAAGGCCAACUCCGAGGCUACUCUGGGUACCUACAAUGCCAGCGGGGACGCUGCGGCGGGGGCCAACGAGAGCCUCUAUGUCAAGGACUACAAGUACUAGAGUUUGCUGACGGUACAUCUUGUGGAAUGACUGCAGCGUUCGUACAGCAUUGCUCGGUCCACUGAGCAAGCAGAGGAUAUAGAAGCAGACGGUUUUGACCGGGUUCUGGAUCAGUGAGAAGAGCGCAUAUAUAGGUCUCAGGAAAGCAGAGGGGUUGUCAUGCUUGUUACUGAGUUGUAGCUAGACUCUUCUGAGGCGGUGUCGUUGCUUCAGGUUUUACAACAUAAGAAGGUUCUGCUUCCAAUCCUGACGGCAAGAUGGCAUGUGACAUACUGUAAAAGGAGUCUCUAAUGGGGAGCCUCCAUUGCAAACUGUGAAUGAACCCAGAUCUCAACUGCUGAUGGCAGGUCUGAAAGCACGGACCUGACUUAUACUACAUCAGAGUCAGUUGUUGUGAGUCUGCCAUAUGUAUAAUCGGUUGUAGUAGCAUCGCUGUCUAUACUCGCCAUAUUUGG